AUGUCCCAUUCUGCCUACGACUCUAUCUCGUCCUCAUCAGAAUCUCUUUUACGCAGUGGCGACCGUUCCACUGCCUCUACUUCUCCACCCACCUCGCUAGACCUCGGCUCGUACGAUACCAGGUCUUCCAAACCCAAGUCUUCAGCCCACGCCGACCCCAUCCGACUGCCGCGCAUCGAAGUGCCUGCCGGAUUCGCCGAACCCCAUCGCGGAUUGCAAGCGCACAAGGUGCUUCGCGGCAAUCACAUCUCCACCGAGCCUAACAGUUUCACUCCGCGACACGGAGAGCCUUUGCCUCCUUCAGCUACGGGCGUGUUCCCUCCAGGCCAGUGGGAUAGAUCGGGUGCUUACCUCGAUCCCAACGACUACAGUCGGCGCUCCUCGAGUAGCAGCUCCGACAGCACAUACCCCUUUGACCGCGCUAUGCCCUACGGCGACGCAAGCAUGGCCAAGCGAACCGCCAAGGACGGCGGCUCUGGUGCCAUCACCGUCGGCGGCAAGAAGCGCUACCCCUGCCAGCACCCCGGUUGUGAUAAAACCUUCUCCACCAGCGGUCAUGCUGCUCGUCACAAUCGCAUCCACACGGGUCAAAAACCUUACCGUUGCACGUUUCCCGGAUGCAAGGCGCGCUUCUCACGCCAGGACAACAGCCUGCAACACUACCGAACCCACAUCUUGCAUCCCAAGGGACGCGCUUCCCAAUCCGCCCAGGCUCGCGAUGCUGCCGCCCAGCUCGAACUUGACCACCUCGACCUUGACGCCGCCGAUGCCGAGGCUGAAGCCAAGGCCGAGCUUGGCCGACGAGCGCUCGAAGACGGCACCGCCAUCGCCGUGGUUCACGAAGUCAAGGACCAGCACGGCCGCAAGAAGGGCGAGACGAUCGAGAGAAUGGUGGGUAUGCCACGCAGCCGACGUGAUUCCUUGCGCGGCGGCGGGCUCGAUGGCGAAGAAGGCAGCGCGUCGCCUACAUCGAUGGACGACACUCGCGUCAAGCGCGAAUCCAGCCUGCCCGGUGUCGGCAUGGAUGGCGUGCCUGGCCACUACGACGCGCCAGCAGACUACUGGUCGUCGCAGAUGGUCAAGCAGCAUCGUCUGUCCUUGCCCCACGGUGCCGUCUCGUACGACCCACGCUAUCGUGAUCCAGCUCCCCCGGCGCCUUAUGCACGCGACGCUAGUGGAUUGAAUGGUGUCGCCUUUCCCGGCCUCCCGCAUCGACGAGACAUGUACGCGGGGUCGCUGGAUCCAGAGCUGGCUGGCGCUGAGAGGCAAUACGAGUCGCCUGCCGAAUACCACCGUCGAAGCACAUCGACGAGCAGCAGUCAGCGCGACCGUGUGCCACCCACCGUAGCUACGCUGCCACCGCCGAGUUCCGCCUCGCGUCUGCCCAUGGCCGCUCACGCCGUUCACGCCGCUUCGGCGCCCGUGUCCGUGGUGGCGUCUGCGCGCUCAUCGCAGAGCCCCAAAUCGAGCCCCACCUCGAGCUCCUACUCGGUCCCCGAGGGUAUCGCCGCUUCGGCGCUCGACAAGCUCUCGGCUGCCGCAGCAUCGUCCAGCCCGGCAGCCACGUCUUCGCUUUCGGCACGGGGUCGACUCGCAGCCAACGGCACAUCGUCGGCCACCUCCUCUUCGGCCUCAGCAGCCUACCAGCAUCCGUACAGCUCGGACCGAUCUACCAACUACGUUUCUACCUCGCUACCGCCCAUCUCUUCAGCACGAGACCGAGGUAGCGAGGAUGUGAUGGACCUCGAUCGCAAAACCAUGUCUUCCAGCUUGAGAAGUGGACUCAAUUCUGCCUCUCCUGCUUCGACCACCGCGACGGAUACCAAGAUCACGCUUCCGCCGUUGAACCCGCCUGCUUCGAGAAGGUGGUGA